AUGGCUUUUGCUUCUUCUUCUUCUUCUUCUUCUUCUCAAGGGAGCUAUGAUGUGUUCUUGAGCUUUAGAGGAGAAGACACCCGCAAUAACUUCACUGCCCAUCUCUGUCAAGAGUUGCGCACUAAAGGAAUCAACACUUUCAGAGAUGAUGACAAGCUUGAGAGAGGCUGGGUCAUAUCUCCUGCCCUUGUUACAGCUAUUGAGAACUCCAUGUUUUCCAUCAUUGUUUUAUCAGAAAAUUAUGCAUCUUCUAAAUGGUGUCUGGAGGAGCUUGCAAAGAUACUAGAGUGCAUGAAAACCAGGGGACAGAGGGUUCUCCCAAUUUUCUAUAAUGUGGAUCCCUCAGAUGUGAGAAAUCAUAGGGGAAAAUUUGGAGCAGCCUUAGCUGAACAUGAGAAGAAUUUGACAGAGAAUAUGGAGAGGGUGCAGAUUUGGAAGGAUGCUCUCACUCAAGUUGCAAAUUUAUCUGGUUGGGAAUCAAGGAAUAAGUAA